GUUGUAGAUUAUAUUAGUUCUUGAUCUAUUUUUUCUUAUUUUUCUCCCCUCGCCUCCGCAACGCUGUUUCGUACAGUUUGGCACAUGGCCAGAUAGCUUCCCGCCUCGAAAUCCCGACCCACUAGGACUGAAUCUUAUCUCGCCAACCGUUUCCGUUUUGCAGUCAUGAACUUGCUGAACAAGAUAACGAUGCAGAAGAAGGAGCCAGACAAGUCACCUAUAGAAGUGCCAGUAUAUUGGAUCGAAACCUCCGAAUCUGUCUCUCGUCACUUCCAGUUUCAGCCCGAUGGUCGGCUCUCUAUGAAGGUUGUUGAUGAUGCGAGAUCAACAUUUCAUAAGGUGGUUGAAUCCUUUCAGAAUAAGUUCUUUCCCUCCGGAUAUCCAUAUAGUGUGAACGAGGGAUACCUUAGAUAUACACAGUUUCGGGCUCUGCAGCACUUUUCAAGUGCAGCAUUGUCUGUGCUGUCAACUCAGUCACUCCUAUUUGCUGCAGGCUUGCGACCUACACCUGCACAAGCAACAGCCAUAAGUUGGGUAUUGAAGGAUGGGAUGCAGCACGUUGGGAAGCUCAUAUGUAGCAAUUUGGGUGCCAGAAUGGAUUCAGAACCAAAACGUUGGAGAAUACUAGCUGACGUGCUCUAUGACUUGGGAACUGGCUUAGAAGUACUUUCUCCCUUAUGUCCUCAUCUUUUCCUUGAGGUGGCUGGCCUUGGUAAUUUUGCAAAGGGAAUGGCAGUAGUUGCAGCUAGAGCAACAAGGCUGCCGAUUUAUUCAUCUUUUGCCAAAGAAGGCAAUCUAAGUGACUUAUUUGCAAAAGGGGAGGCCAUUUCAACACUUUUCAAUGUGGUUGGGAUGGGAGCAGGGAUUCAAUUGGCAUCUACUAUUUGUUCAUCAAUACAGGGGAAGUUGGUUGUUGGUCCUCUUCUUUCUGUUGUACAUGUUUAUAGUGUCAUUGAAGAAAUGAGAGCUGCCCCUGUCAAUACCCUAAAUCCACAGAGGACAGCAAUGGUUGUUGCAGACUUUGUCAAGACAGGAAAGAUAUCAAGUCCUGCUGAUCUAAGAUACCGUGAAGAUCUUGUAUUUCCUGGAAGACUUAUAGGAGAUGCUGGCAAUGUAAAAGUGGGACGGGCUUUGCACAAAGUUUUUACGCCAUCAAAACUUCGUGAAGUGAAAGAUAUUUUCCCAGAGGAGAAGUUUCUUUUGAACCGUGGGACCAAAUGGACUGACAUGGUACUAGAACAAAAUGCUUCAGGAGAAGAUGCAUUGAGGGGAUGGCUGGUUGCUGCAUACGCUGCAAACAUGGAUGCAUCAUCCCAAAAGUCAAGUGCUAGUGUCUUGCAAGACGCAUAUGACAAGAUGAAUAGCACAUUCGAUUCAUUUUUGACCGAACUGCAAGCCAAAGGGUGGCAUACAGAUCGCUUUUUGGAUGGCACAGGAAGCCGUUUCGCAUGGUAACAUUUUCUAGACUCAAAUGAUUGUUAUACAAUAGAAAUGUACUUUCUAGGAACUACGCUAUUGAAGAUGGUUUGUAACAGCUUGUGCCUAUGAGUUUGGUUGGGGUGCAUUUAAUUGUAAAUUAGAAAGAAGGCAGCUGUGAAACAGACCAAAUUGCUGUUUAAUUGAAAAUUACAACUUACUUUCAUAUUUGUGCAUUGUCAUUCAUAUGUUACUAUAAUAUGUUCUUCUUUAUGCCGGA